UGAUGACAGUCUCUUUGUGUACAAUUGCGUCAAUGCGGAGAAGACGACCUCAGGAGAUAAAGGACAGGAUGGAAAACCGACAGAUAAAGGAAGUGAUGACAUCCUAGCUUUUGGCUUCUCCCCAUCAGGAGAUUAUUUUGCCUUGACAGAUGACAGCAAACGUCUGAUUCUGUUCCGUACGAAGCCUUCCUGGGAAUGUGUUAGCAUCAGGUCCGUGACCAGGAGAUGCACUUCCCUGGUUAUUUCGGCUGCAGAGGAUAAGAUUCUGAUUGCAGACAAGUCUGGUGAUGUCUAUUCUUACUCAAUAACAGAACCCCAGGCAGAUGGAAAACUUGAGCUGGGUCACUUGUCUCUGGUAUUGGAUGUGGCACUGAGUCCUAAUGACCGGUACAUUGUAACUGCAGACAGAGAUGAGAAGAUCAGAGUCAGCUUGGCAAAGGCUCCUUAUAGUAUUGUAUCCUACUGCCUGGGACACAGAGAGUUUGUAACCAAAAUACUGGUAAUACCCAACUAUCCCGAUCUGCUGUUGUCAGCUUCUGGGGACUCAACUCUGAGACUCUGGGAGUAUAAGAGCGGGGAGGAAGUGUACUGCUGUCAUCUAAGUAGCAUCUGUGGGCCUGAGACAACCAAAACUGACCAGAAAUACCCCGUGUCAAGAAUAACUUACUGCUGUCAAGGUGGUUAUGUUGCCAUUGUGUGUGACUGUGCCUCCACAGUCUACGUCUUUCAGCUUGAUGCCACUGCCCGCCAGGUGGUUUACAGACAGCAGAUUUCUUUGAAACACAAGGUUUGGGACAUUGCGUUUGAGGAAACGGGAGAUCUGUGGAUUUUUCAGGAAGACAGCGAAUCUCCUCUUCAGUUGUACAGACUGUGUGACGGACAGUGGAAG